AUGGCCCGAACCAAGCAAACCGCCCGUAAAUCCACCGGAGGCAAAGCGCCGCGCAAGCAGCUUGCCACCAAGGCUGCCCGCAAGUCCGCUCCGGCUACCGGAGGAGUCAAGAAGCCCCACCGUUAUCGCCCUGGAACCGUCGCUCUGCGUGAGAUCCGUCGUUACCAGAAGUCCACGGACCUUCUCAUCCGCAAGUUGCCCUUCCAGCGCCUGGUGCGUGAGAUUGCCCAGGACUUCAAGUCCGAUCUUCGCUUUCAGGGAUCGGCGGUCCUCGCUUUGCAGGAAGCCGCUGAGGCCUACCUCGUGGGGCUGUUCGAAGACACGAACUUGUGCGCAAUUCACGCCAAGCGUGUGACGAUCAUGCCGAAGGAUAUUCAGCUUGCCCGUCGUAUUCGUGGCGAGCGCUCGUAA